AGCAAAAGUACAAUAUAAAGACGUUUAGUUGUAUGGUCCCAGAAAACAGGGGAAAGGCCGAACGAGUGGCUCGAAGAAAAGCUGACGCCGGCCAUAUCCGCUGCUAAUUGUUUGCUUCCACUGACACAGAGGGAUGGAAGACAUAGGGUUUUUAGGGAUGGGAAUAAUGGGCAAGGCUAUGGCCAUAAAUUUGCUCCGCCAUGGCUUUAAAGUUACCGUCUGGAACCGCACUCUCUCUAGGUGCGAUGAGCUACUUGACCAUGGUGCUUCUAUUGGACAAACUCCUGGAGCAGUCCUCAACAAGUGCAAAUAUACCAUUGCUAUGCUGUCUGAUCCUGCUGCAGCUCUUUCGGUUGUAUUUGAUAAGGAUGGUGUUCUGGAGCAAGCAUGCACCGGAAAAGCCUAUAUCGACAUGUCAACAGUUGAUGCUGAUACUUCAUCAAAGAUCAGUGAGGCAAUCACAUUAAAGGGUGGUCGUUUCCUUGAAGCUCCAGUUUCAGGCAGUAAAAAGCCCGCAGAAGAUGGUCAAUUGGUAAUCCUUGCUGCUGGGGAGAAGGCACUGUAUGAAGAAGCGCUACCUGCUUUUGACGUCAUUGGAAAGAAGUCAUUUUUCUUGGGUCAGGUUGGAAAUGGAGCGCGAAUGAAACUCGUUGUCAACAUGAUUAUGGGCAGUAUGAUAAAUGCAUUUUCAGAAGGGCUUGUGCUGGCCGACAAAAGUGGCUUAAACCCUCAGACCCUUCUUGAUGUGUUGGACCUGGGUGCAAUUGCUAAUCCGAUGUUCAAGUUGAAAGGACCAACAAUGAUCCAGAACAGCUAUUCCCCUGCAUUUCCUUUGAAACAUCAACAGAAAGAUAUGAGGCUGGCUCUUGCUCUGGGAGACGAGAAUGCUGUUUCGAUGCCAGUAGCAGCUGCUGCCAAUGAGGCAUUCAAAAAAGCCUUGAGUGUUGAAUUGGGUGAUCUUGACUUCUCAGCUGUGCACGAGAUUGUGAAGGGUGCUCAACAUCCAUUGUGAUGGCUGUGGCUGAUGGACACAGAACAUGAACACAAGGCUUGAAAUAUAUGGUCUCGGAAAAAGUAAAGUGUGACAUUUAGGCAAGGUUCAUGCUCGACAUAUCGACCAUUCUUAGCAACAGAAUUUUAAAGAUUUAUGUUCUCCGUCGUUGAAAUAUAUUGUGUUGAUUUUGAAUGCUUCUGCUUUUGCAAUGACCAAAGAAAGCACGUCCUUACAUAGCAAGUAUUAUGGCAAAUGUAAAUAUUGUGGUUGGAUUAUAGAGCA